UGACCUCUGCUGAGUGUUGUGUUACUUCCGUGUUCCGCUCACCUGUUACACCUGUGUUACAGCCGCUGCUGCCGCUGCACCUGCUGUUAUUACCGCGUCAUGUCGGCGGAGCUCGUACCGCGCGUCCUAACAUGCUCACCGCCGACACCGUGUGAACCGGAGACGUUCAACGUCGUGAUUACAGGCAGACAGAUGGACUGCGAACAGCCCAUUUUCUCCGUACUGAGCGGCGGUGCGGGGCAGAAGAGUGGGGGAGACGCCGCGGUGCGUGGCGGUGGCGAUGGAGGAGGAGGAGGAGGAGUAGCGGCGGCCUUCUCCUCACCGGCUGCGACCAUCUCCGACACCGAGUCCGGGAUCUUCUCUGGGGAGAGUGAGCUCUGCGUGGAGCACGAGUCCGAGCUCGACUGGUUUUGUGGCACCGAACAGAAGCUCAUCUGUUCCCACUGCGCCAUCGUCGGCUCCUGCAACGGUCACACGGUGACCCCACUGGCCACCAGAGUCUCCUCAAUCAGGAACCAACUGGUGGACGUGUGUGAGAAAAUGCAGCUGAAGGCGCUGAGGAUCGAAAGGUUCCUCGACCAGACCCUGACAGGCAAAGAGCAAAAGCUUCAGACGGUGGCGAGCAGGACGAGGGAGCAGGUACUGGCUCAGGUCAGCGCGGCGCGGGAGGCCCUAGAGGAGGAGGAGCAGCGCCUCUUGGAGGAGGUGCAGCGUGAGGAGGAGCGGGUGGAGCAGUGUCUCCUCACACAGCGAGCCCACUGGAGCCAAGCGCUGAGCGCUCUGUCGCAAACACGCUCCCGCCUGGUGCACACGCUCACACACACUCCGGACGCACAGCUGGUGACGAGUGUCCAGGAAAUAGCUGAAAGAAUGGAGGAGGCAGAGGGGGUCAGCGAGCCUUGUGACACUGACCAACUCAACCUGAACCCAAGCUGCAGUGACAGCAAGCUGCUGAGGAAUCUGUGGGCCACUGCGGCGCUGCUGGGGCCAAACGCCCUCAGAUCCCCUUAUUUGAAGUUCGACGAGCGCACAGUGAGCCCCCUUCUGUCCUUGUCUGAGGACUUAUGCACUUUGACUUUCCUCCACAAAAAGCCCCGUCAAUCCCCCGCCUACGACCCAGCGCGAUUCGACUGUUGGCCCAACGCGCUGGGCUCACAGUCGAUGUCGUCGGGCACUCACAGCUGGAUGCUGGACGUAGGCGAGAGCGGUGCCUUUAAGGUCGGGGUCUGCUACGCGUCUCUGGAGCGCAAAGGCUCUGGGAACGAAGCUCGCCUCGGCUACAACCCCCAGUCGUGGGUGUUGUCGCGCUACGACGGGGACUACUCGUUCUGCCACGCGGGGAAGAAGGUUCCACUGCAGGUGGUGACGACGCCGAAGAGGAUCGGCGUGCUGCUGGACUGGCCCAGUCAGACGCUGCUGUUUUACGAGCCAGACUCCAGCGCCGUGCUCUACUGCACCUCACAGCACUUUAGUGCCCCACUGCUGCCGGCGUGUGCUGUGACUGACCGCAGUAUCACCAUAGUGCACUGACACAUACUGCCAAAAGAAAAUGCUCAGUGACUUUAAAACAUGUGAAGAAAUGCCAGAGACCUUUUUUAGUAGAAGUAUGAUCCACAAUUAAAGAUUGUCUGUCAGUGCAGUAAUGAAAAUAUUCAGACACAGCAACAGUUUGUGUUUAUUCUACUAGCUGCUGAUUCUUUUUUGUACUGGUUUUGAUAAUUUAAUAGGUUUGAAAUCCUUUAUCUGUUGAUUACAUUUUACAGAAGUUGAUAGUUGAAGCUAUUGUGACUGACAUUGUUUUUUUAUGAUUUUUUAAUAUGAUUGUUUUUAAAAUGAGUUUGAUCUGUGUAAUCAAGCCUCAUUAUAGAAAAUAAGAACUACACUGGUUGAUCCAGGACUAUUGCAAAUGUUAUGUGACAAAAUAUUAGUCAACUGUUUAUUAAAGGUUUAUUUACUGACUGUGA